AUGGAAGAAAAAAUUAAAAGUGAUAUACCAACAUUUAGUCAAUCGUGGACCCCAACGCAACGUUUUAAUGUUGCUGCAUUCAGUGUUCAACUUGUACAUGAUUACGUUUGGUCAACUAAGGAUGAAAAAGAAUGGAAACAGAGAUUUUUAAUUAGUGUUUUUCAACAUUUAGGAAUUGAGGAUAAAAAAGAACAAAAAGUGCUUUUAAGGAUGCCAAUCGACAACAAAGAUGACUCUGAAGUUGUUAACAUACUUUUUAAAGUUUUUAAAGAAUCAUUAGUAAGCGAUAAAGAUAUACGAGAGGAGAUUAUUUCUGAUUUUUUAUUUAUAAGUUUGGGUUUAACUCGAAAUAUUUGUGGUGGUGACGAUGAAUCUGAAAAACCACCACCACCUAACAAUCAUAUACAUAAUCAUUUUAAUAGUCUUAAAGAAAACAUUAAUUUAAAACUAGGCACCAUAAUUUCAAAUAUAAAGCAAGAUGACGAUAACAUUUCAACCACAUCAACCGACUCGUCGGACUCUUUAUCUUUAUCAUCUUUACAACCUAUGGACAAACCAGCAGAGUAUGACGCUCGUGCCAGAGCUAUUGUUUUCAAACUUGGACAUUAUUUAGACAUUCCAAUUGCAAAUUCAAGUCUUAAUAAACAUGCUAAACGUUUAACAGGUGGUUUAGCUACACCUUUUGUGGCUGCUGGAAUAAGCGCAAUCACUGGUGCCGGAAUUAUAGCAGCCGUUGCAUCCAAUGUCGCUAUAAUGGCUUCAUUGUUUGGUAUCGCAGGCGGUGGUCUUGGAGGUUAUAAAAUGCAUAAAAGAAUGCAAGGCCUUAAGGCGUUAUCUUUUAUUAGAAUAAUUAAAGAUGACACAAUUCCUAUAAUACCAUCUCUUCAUGUUAAUAUUGUAAUAUCUGGAUAUUUAUUGGAAGAUGUCGAAGAAACAACAUCACCAUGGAUUCCUACUUUUCAAAAUACAUCAGAAUAUCGAGACACAUUUGCAUUAAGUUUUGAUCCUGAGAUCCUUUUGGGACUAGGGAAAGCAUUCAGGCAGUUUUUGGCAGAAUCAGCUGUCAGGGUUGCAGCAAAUUCUGCAAUACAACACACAGUUUUGGCAACACUUGCUACCGCAUUAUUCAUACCAGCUGGUUUGAUGAAAGCGUGUGAUCUGAUAGACAAUCCGUGGGCGCUAGGUGUAGAUCGUGCUCGUAAAGCUGGUUUGGUUUUAGCUGAUAUAUUGAUUGAGAGAGUUCAAGGAAAACGACCUACUGUUGGAUAUUCACUUGGUGCAUUAGUAAUAUGGCAUUGUUUACAACAAUUGGUAAAACUUGAACAAUAUGGAUUGGUUGACACUGUUGUUCUAAUCGGUGCACCAAUUGCAUCAAAACCAAUUCAAAAAUGGAAAGAUGCAACAACUGUUGUUGCUCGUAGAUUUGUAAAUGCAUAUGCAACAAAUGAUAUAGUUCUUGGAUUAAUUUAUAGAAUGCAUUCGUUAGAUUUAGAUGUUGCCGGGCUUGGACCAAUAAAUAAUUGUCUUAGAAUAGAAAAUUAUAAUAUUACCGAAUUUACAAGUGGACACUUGGGUUAUAAGGACCCAGUAACGUUAACAGGGAUUUUAAAAAAAAUUGAUUUAGAAAAUUGA